CACAAACCAACACAGAUAACAAGCUAGCUUCCCACUUAGCCUACCCUUCUCUCAUUUUCAGCUCCUUUCUUCUACAAUUGAUCAUCUUCAGAAAAGAGGAUCCGCCAUGGCUAUUGGCUUGCCAACUAACAUGGUGAAGAAAAUCCUUCAAAGGUCCAGUUCUGGGACAAGCAAAUCAUCCUCGUCGAGCUUUACCAAUGUGCCAAAGGGCUACUUGGCGGUUUAUGUUGGAGAGACGUCACAUAACAGGAAGCGAUUUUUAGUAUCGUUGUCCUACGGCUACUUGAGUCACCCUUCAUUUCAGGAUUUGUUGAGCAUGGCUGAAGAGGAAUUUGGUUUUGACCCUCCAAUGGGUGGCCUGACGAUUCCCUGUAGUGAAGAGACUUUCAUUUCUGCUACUCCGAACUAGCUAGAAUAGAUGUUGUAAGGAUAGAUAGAUAGAUAGAUUGUAGAAACCAAUGUAUUUAGAGUUUAACAACACGGUUGUGUUUAGCUAAUAUAGGUUAGGAGAUGUAAAUUGAUGACAAGAGCUUCUCAUUUUAAAUCAGGAGUCGAAAUGCCGGCAUUUAUUUUUUAUCCAUCAAUUCACAUUAAUGCUUUUUUUUUUUUCAUACCAAGUACUGACACAUGUUCCAACUCUUAUCUCGUUUGGAUUAAAUAGUGAACCAUUUCCAAAAUAUUGAAUAUGGUUUGUCAUUUAAAUUAAGAAACGAACUUUGUUCAC